AACUGAGAGCUGUCUUCGUUUGUUGUCAUUUGACCGGAUCGUUCUAGUUUAUACAUAUAGGCGGCAUGUUUAAUUUUGCAGAAUAAAACUUAAACGAAAUAAUAAAAACAAAAAAAUUACAAAAACUGUGAAAAAUAUCUUAGUCUUAAAUAAAGUGUAAUGAAAAUGACAAUUCCUCUAAGAUAUAACGUAGUGAUAGUGAUAUAAGUGAAUAAAAAAUUGGGACCUUGAAAAUUUAUAACCUUGAACGGCGCUGUAAAAAAUAGUAUAUCUUUGGUCAUAAUUAAUUUUUCUAGACGAAUAGGUAUCGGACGAAAUGUUGAAAACGUCGAAAAUUUACCAAUUAAAAAAACUUUUAUACAUUACAAAUGUUAAUUUGAAAAUAAGUAAAAAGGUGCAUCUGCUAAUGAAGUACAAUGCUCAUGGGUGCACCGCAUGCAGAAACGCAUGCUCAAGAAGGUACAAUGUGAGAGUUCAUUCAACACAGAGCGACCACCACAGACAAAAAGUUGUGAUAGAAACUAGUCAACCAAAGAUAGUCAUAGACAAACUGAGUGAGGUGCUGCCAGAUUCACAAAGAAAACAAAUAUGGAAAGACAAAGUAUUGCCGUAUGUGAGGUUAGCUAGAUGGGAUCGACCUAUAGGAGUGUAUCUCCUCUACUGGCCUUGUACAUGGUCCAUUGCCUUGGCUUCGAUUCCUGGUGUACCCAUACAAACUACGCUGCAGACGGCCGCGCUAUUCCUCGUAGGAGCCGGCUUAAUGAGAGGGGCUGGAUGCACAAUCAAUGACAUGUGGGAUCGAGAUAUAGACAAACAGGUAGCAAGAACAAAAGACAGACCCUUAGUGUCUGGUGCUGUCUCACAGACCGGUGCUAUGAUAUUUUUGGCCGCUCAGCUCUCAUUAGCUUUGGGUGUACUGCUGCAGUUGAACUGUUACAGCGUAGCACUCGGAGCCAGCAGCAUGCUGCUAGUGGUGACGUAUCCGUUGGCGAAGCGUUUCACGGCUUACCCUCAAGUGUUCCUGGGGGCCACGUUCAACUGGGGCGCGCUGCUGGGCUACAGUGCGGUGCAAGGCUCCCUGGACGCGGCCGUGUGCCUCCCGCUGUACGUCGCCGCCCUCGGCUGGACCGUCCACUACGACACCAUAUACGCUCACCAAGAUAAAAAGGACGAUGCCCGUAUAGGGAUCAAGUCGACUGCGCUGACGUUCGGGCGGCACACGCGGGCGGCGCUGGGUGCGGUGCUGGCUGCGAGCGGGGUCAGCUUCGCCGCCGCCGGGGCCGCCGCGGGGCUGGGCCCGCUGUACCACGCCGCCGUGCUGGCAUACGUUGCCGCCGCCGCGCGACAGAUUUACACGCUCAAAACGGAUGACGCGAAGGAUUGCGCUGAUAAGUUUAAAUCUAAUUCGUCCUUUGGUUUCCUGAUACUGUUAGGAAUAUUGGGCGGGGGAUGCGCUCCAUACGUCGAUAGUCUCAAAAAAGACAAUAAUAAUUACGAUGUUAACGCGGCAAAGAGUUGCUUCUUUUGAUCGCGGAGGGCGACUUGAGGUCUGCUGCGGUCCGCGGACCGACUGUGCUAACGUCGACUAGAGACUAGAGCUAGAUUAGAAGUCGUUUCGUCAAAUAAAUAAAUCUGUGCGAUUGUCGCCGGUAACUGUUUAAGCAACAGUCGGGCGUCGAAGUGGGAAUUCAUUUGUUUGAAUUAAUAAGCAGCCCGUCUCUUUUGUUCGCGUUGCGCGUUCGUAGUGCGCAAAAGAGAUAGACGAAUAGGUUUUGGAUUUUUCUUUUCAGUGGAAGUUUGAUGGUUUGUUGAUUUGGGGAUCCAACCAUGGGUGCUGGUAGCAGCUUCGAUAUCAUUAGUACAUAUUGCAGCGAGAUUGCUGUGAAAUUGUUAUCGUUCAAAUAAAUAAAAUAUCUUGCCAUCUCUAUUCGUUUCUAUGUCCGUUCGAGCGGCGCUGGUGGCGAACAUUAAUGUAUUGUAUUUUUAAUUUAUACUUUUUAAUUGGCAAUUUUUACGGUUUUCAUGAACCGUAAACACGAUUUAAACUAGUUUUAAGCUUGGAAUUUGCGUUUAUUAUUAUUAUUAUUAUAUUUGUCUGUGGUCCGGAGCCAAUAUCACUACAUAGUAUAAAACAAAGUCGCUUUCUCUGUCCCUAUAUGUGUCUGUCCCUAUGUAUGCUUAAAUCUUUAAAACUACGCAACGGAUUUUGAUGCGGUUUUUUUAAAUAGAUAGAGUGAUUGAAGAGGAAGGUUUAUAUGUGUAAUAACAUCCAUUAAAUAGAGGAGAAAUUAAUAAUAAAUUACCGUUUCCGAAGCGAAGCGAGGGCGGGUCGCUAGUAGUCAAUAUAAGGACUUUUUCGCGGGAACGCGAGGACUGAUAUGAUUUGGUUUAUUUUGUCUAAUUAGUGUUUCUUCAGGUUUAAAUGUGUAAUAACGGUGAUUUAUUAACUUUUUAGUAUCUGUGAAGGUCCACUAUUGUGGGAAUAUGAAACAGAGCCGCUGAACGUAACUUCUCGGGAUCCUCCAAAAACUCCACUGAAAAAGUCUCAGUAAAUGACCACCAUUUUUUUUGGACAAGUUUCGCCCCGCGGUGUUACCCGUGGAACGACAAUAGCCGCGGGUAACAUCGCGCGACUCAGCUAUCAAUAAUGAAAUUUAAUGCUUCCGAAGCGAAGCGAGGGCGGGUCGCUAGUACAAAUAAAACGGACCUUUAAUUACAAAGAUAAAUGUCGCGUAUUAAGCGAAAUGUCGCUUAAACCAAAUAGCCUUUCACCCUUCGUUAUGUAUUUUAAUUUUAAAAAUCGUUAUUCAAGGUGCUGUGUGGACUAGUCUUAACAAUUUUAAGACGGUUGUAGGAAUAAAAAAAAUUACUCUUUUAUUGUGAAUUUAAUGCGCCAUUUAAUUUAAAAUUAAUUUAAUGUUCCUCGCAUAGUUUUGAAUUAUAAUAGGCAAAAAAAAAAAACUUAUGAGCAUGCAUUUAAUGUUGUUUUUUUAUUAUUAGAAUAUAUGUACAAAAAUGUAUUAGAUAGAAUUCUUCGUAGCAUAAAAUGGCGUGCAAAAGAUAGGUAUGUAGGUUUAGUCUUUAAAUUAAUGUGAUAAAUGUUUGUUUUUUUUUUACCAAAUAAUUAAUCGAUUUUAAUUUAUAAGACGGCGAAAAUACCGUAGUAUAUUAGUUUUACGAUUAAGUAGUGUUUUAUAAUUAAUUAUUGCAAUGUUUUUCCAAAGAGAAAUCGGUUGGUGCAGGAGUACAGUUAUUAUUUGAAAAAAUCCACGACUCAGUCGUUUGGUUUUUAGUUGACUGCGUUCUAUAUGAAUAAAGUAGGAGUGCUGUGGUCCGCGGUCCUAAUGCAUCCACCACUCGAUAAUUUUUCGGGACUUUGAGUUCCGCGAAGUACAAUGUAGCUGUUUUGACACUGUCAUCGUUUUCGCGGUUUUUUAUUGUGCCACAGAUUAUAUCGUUACGGGUCCGUAGGAUCUACACGUGUGUAACCUUUUUGGUAGUAUUUGUCACGUAAUAUAGUUUGAAUAAAAAAAAUAUAUAUAUUAUAUUUAUUUUCGUUAUCAUUUUAUGAGAACGUUGCAAUUUUUUUGUAGCAUAUCGCAGACAUGGACCAGUUUGUCAAAUAAUUCAGAAGCCAUAUGUACGUCACUAAUAGAUAAUUUAAUUUUGUUGCAGACAUUAAAAGGUAACAAUAUUAAUAAGGGUUGUGUUAAAAUAUUUUUUUCUUCAUAAAAGUGGCACACCGUAAUCGUGAUAUUUAUCGUCUUAAAGGUCGACUGUCCAUCGGAUUGUUUAAAGAUAAAGAGACGCAUUACAUAAUCGAUCUAUAUUGGAUCAUAGCGCAAAUAUGAACCGUUAAAUAAAUAUAAUCCAAUAAUACUUAUUACAGGAUCAUAAUGAAAUUCAUUGUGAUAGAAUCGCAAUUAAUAUAUGGCUUCGUAUGAGCCGACGUCACUUGUGGUGAAGUUGCGAGCAGAAUUGUUUUUAGAAGUGAUAGCUUCUAGUGAUAGUUUCUUUUGCCGCGUUGAGUAUUUUUUGUUCGGGGAAAUCUUAUUGGUUUGCGUCACCGACGCGUAAUAGCAAGUAUAUCUGUAGCUAUACCGGUGACGUAUUGUGCAAAAUUCAUGCUGUGUAUAAUCUUUACAAGUAAAAUUGAAUGGAUUUAGUAAAAAAAUAUUGUAUAUUAAUUGUUAUUACAAUCAAAUUGUAUAUUUAAUCAUGAUUCUUGUACAGCACGUAAUAGGUAUAUUUGAAUAAUAAUAAAAGCCAUAUAAAUAUGUGUAUAAUAGUUGUGAAAACCAGAUUGAUUAAACCUAAACCGCAUUACUGCUUACUUAAUAUACCACCAGUAAUAACGCAUAUGAAAUUUUUUUUGUCCGUUUUUAUUUUAAUGCACGAUGUUAUUCCUUUAUCCACCCAUCUAAGCAAUAAAAAAAAAAAGUAAAUCGAGCACAUUAAAAUUUGUGAAGUACGUAUUUCAUUAGAACGAUUUGUAGCUGCCUGCGGGAUUCGAACACCGGGCGUCUUAUCCAUUAGGCCGUGACGACUUCAAAUCGUUUGUUUGGUAAUUUUGGUAAAAUAAAUUAUCGUUUCUUCGUUCUUUGUUCAGUUUUUUAAUGUUUAUUGUCGUGAAUGCUAUUGGGAGGUUGAUUUGUUGUGUGUUGAAUAAAGAUUCUUGCCUUAAA